AUGGCGGGCAAACGCGCACUCGAGCAGGGCGAAAGCCCACCAAGCAAAAAACGGCUCAGGCUGAUUGAGCCUACGUCUGCGCUAGCCCAGCCUUUGGCAGCCCCGCCAGCAGCCAAUACAGUGAGCGCCCAGCUUGCUGAAGCCCAGCCCGUGGCAGCCCAGCCCGUGGCAGCCCAACCGGUGGCAGCCCAGCCCGUGGCAGCCCAGCCCACGCCGCCCCAACCCUCGCUGUCCCACCCCGCGGGAGCACCCUCAGCUUCCUCGUCUCGCCCACCUCUCCCGGUCCCUCCAUCACAUGUUCCGGGUCCCCAUGGCUUGCUCGCGCCUCCAGUUCCUGGCGCGGCGGCGAUAGCGAUGCAGGAAUUCAAUGUCGUCUCAGCUUAUGAGUAUCCGAGCAUCGUAAUCUUUUGCGAUGCAUCCGUCUCCCUCGCCGAUGCCUACACGUUGCCAGGCGGCCUUGGGAUUGUCUUUCGUCGAUUCGCCCCCGGCACUGUGGACCAUGGGAAAGAGGUCCGAAUGGCCUGGUCCGUCGACGCUGUUUAUGACAGCAAUCUGGCCGAGGGCUUGGCGUUCUUGCAGGCACUAGACACCUGCAUCAAAGAGCUGCGUAGCGGCGCGGCGCUCCUUACGGCAGUGGGCCGUCGGAUCAAGUCGGUCACGGUCACCCUGUUCAAUGAUUCCAGUGCGGUUAGAGGCUUCAUCGGAUCUGGAGCGAACCCCUGGGGAAAGUUUGGGGCCGAAGUCGGACUGCUCAUCCUCGCUAUUGAGUCCAAGAUUACUGCUCUGGAGCAGCUCUUCCUCCCCACCGCCAAAGUCGAGCUUCGCAGGAGAUGGGUUCCUGGUCAUAGCAAAAACUUGCCCCCGGAGGCCAGGGCUGAUAGAUUGGCAUUGUCGGCGAGAAAGAGCCAGAUGUCGCGCCGUGACGUGGUGCACGCAGGUGGAAAGAUCACCAGGACUCAACUUAACCCUAGCGAUUGCGUAUUUUCCAGUGUCCAUGCUAUUUUCAAUAACCAGCAUCUGGAUUCCUUACGAGCCCAGAUUGCUCGCACAACCACCCAGAGGGCCAGCGCGAUGGUUAACCCGUCUGCCGCCGUGGACGCGUCUCUUUCCGCCGUGGACGCGCCUCAUGCCGUGGUGGACGAGUCUACAACGGCGGGAGACUCGUCUACCGCCGCUGUGGUUUCGUCUGGUGCCUUUGUGGACUCGACUCCUACUACUUGGAAUUGGCCUGUGGUUGCCGGCCUCGCUGGAAUGAUGGACACGGUGGCAGAGGACGUGGGCCUGUGGCAGAAGGUUGCCAUGUCACACUCACUUGGCAAAAACUUUGUCAUCAACGAUGGCAAGUUGACUAUCGAUCUUAGUUAUCUGUUGGGCAGCUGCCACAAGAUCAUGGGAUACAUGGGCGAACAGAUUGCUCUGCUGCUCGGAGAACCAAGACGUCGCAUUUUUAUCACUGCUGGCGUUACAGCAAAUGGAGUGUAAGUUUCGGGAAUGGGGAUAGUGCGGAGUAGUCUAUCAGCGGAUGUACGGGCGCCGUCAGUGUACAGUUGCUCAUUAUAGGCGAGUAGACAGUUCCAAUAUAGAAGCCUACGAUGUAGCCUAGCGAAACCUGGUCAGCAGCCAUCCUCGCAAGCAAAUUGAAUCCUGGGGCUUAGCUCUUUUAAUACGC